AUGUCAAACCUUCUACAAUUUGAUUAUCUGAUUCAAGUAUUUCGGAGUUGGAUAUACACUAGGUUAGUAUCACAACCAAUAGCAUGGACAUUUCAAAAUUUAACAGGAUCAGAGCCUGUUAAUAUUAUUUCAGGAAAAUGGGUGAAAAUGGAUAAAUUGAAAGAAUCAUCAACUAAAAUUAUCCAACUUCAUGAAAAAAUUGCACUAAAUCAGAUUUCUGAUAAUCUUUAUACACUUGCUACAUUUAAGUCAGAGUUUGCAACUAAAAUAAUUCCUGGUUCAGUGCUUACAGAUACUGACAUAAAAGUGUUAAUCACUUAUUUAGAAUAUGAUCGUAAAGUCAUUGUAACAAAAAAUUUGAGUAAUGAAUCUCUUCACAAACAUGAUAGCAAUCCUGAUGAUUUGGUGAUCAAGUUUUGUUUGAAAAAAAAUAAUAAUAAAUUAAAACUUGAAAUUACGGAAUUGGAUUGUAAUAUUAUUACAAUAAAAGAAACAUCACGGAAACUACUCGAACAAAUUCAAGAUAUAGAAACUCGAAUCAAAGAGUUAAAGACAGCCGCUAGUAAAUACAUUUCUCUUAAACAGAAAGCACUAGCAAUGAGAGAUUUGCGAAAAAAACUACUACUUGAUAAAAUUUUAGUUAAAAGAAUAAAUUCCUUGGAAACAGUUGAAACAAUCCUAUUAAAAAUUCAAGAAGCUGUAUCUGAUGCAGAGAUAAUUGAAGGUUAUAAAGCUGGGGCUGAUGCAUUGCAAAAUACAUUGGCCAUAAGUGGUCUAAGUAUUGAUAAAGUAGAUGAAACAAUGGAUCAUCUACAAGAAGUUCUUGCAGAUCAAAAGGAAAUUGAUGAUGCUAUGAAAUCAGGACAGGAUUCAAUACUUGAUGCAGCAUUAAAUAAUGAUGUUGACGAUGAAUUAGAAAAAGAAUUAGAGGAUUUACUAGCUGCAGAAGAAGAAAGAAGGGCGCUGAAAGAAGAAGUGAAGCAACCAAUAAAAGUAAAAGAUCAAGAAUUAGAAUCAUUAGAAACAAAAUUACAUGACUUGGAGGUUGAAUCACCACCUAUACCAGAUAAAAAUCCCAAUUAUAUUACACCUUCCUCUUCUUCAUCAUCACACAAAAAUAAACAAGCAAUUUUGUCAGAACUAUAA